CCGGCUUCCUCUCCUUGUCUGAACGCUUGUCGCCUCUCCCUCUUGCCCUUCCUCCACCAUGACCGCACUUCCUUCCUUCGUAGAGCUCAUGGCCUCCCUUGGUCUCGGUGGCCCCGAGGACGCUCUUGAAUCCACCAAGCUCUCCGUCCGCCAUUCCCGUUCAUCUUCUCAUUCCUCGACCGCUUCCGCAUUAUCUGCCGCAUCUUCAAGCAAUGUAACAUCAGCCACCAGCAAUAUUUAUUCCCUUCAACAGCGUCAGCUUCAGCACAAGCAGUCUUCCCCUUCCAUUGUCGUCUCCUCCCACGAGGGUUCACCGGAGAGAGACUUGCCCCAGGACUUCCGUCGCUCCCGGGCCACCACCAGAUAUUCACCGUAUGGUUCAAUCAGCCAUUCGAGGAAGGCAAGCAUGCCUAUUCUCAACGCCGAACGGACACUUGAACGUCCCGCUCGAGCCCUCUCAACUUCUCCUCGCCUGUCGCCAAUCAGCGCGUCCUUCCGUGGGCGCCGCUCGCGUCGACCAGAUAACCUCAACCUCUCCGAUGCCGACCUGAUGGGCUAUACCCCCAUCUCUUCUUACUUGCGGCGGAAGACGCCGCAGAACUCUCCGACGUCACCGACCUUUGCGCGGGAUCGUGGUACCGCGGUGUCACACCCGCUCACCAUUCCCGCUCUCCCCACCCUCCUCUCGCCUGCUUCCUUCGCGACGCAAUCAUCCGACAGUGAAGAAGACGAGAUGGACGCAAUUCCUGACCCCGGAUUCAAGCUCUGUCAGCCACCGCAUAUCAGCAGCGCGAGCCCACCCUGGCAGUCGCGUUAUUGCGAACCUGCUGUGUCACCUCGCAUUACCAUCUGCGCGCCCCUUUCACCGGAGAUCGCGCCUGUUGCAUAGAGUGCGCCAACGACCCCUUCCUUCCAUCCCGUCGCUGCACUAUUGCGCUCUCUCAAGCUACGACGCCGGUGCCUAGCCCACCUACUGGACCCACCCGGCUUCCUCUUAUCCCCGCCACCCUUACACGGACCCGACACCCCUGCCUCUCACCACAUUAAAAUUGUAUCGUAUAAUUUGUACGAUAGAACCCCAGGGGUCGUGCGGCUUCCUCGUGCCUCUUAGUAGUUACCGGUCACCAUUCGUCUUCGUGCAUUGGACACUGGUUACUUAUUGGCUGCCUCGUUCCCGCCCUUCCGGGCUCCUCGGACACUCCUUUCCUUCCCACCGUCACUCCUUCCCGCGCGCACCGCAGUCAUUACUCCGCAUCACCCGCCUUGCGCAUUGCCAUCGUCGUCGUUGCGAUCGUUCGCUUGCACUCCCACUCCCACUCGCCCACCACAUGGCAUCCCACCUCACACUCGCUUCGCUAUCACCUGUACCGCUUUCGUUGCUGAUCUCGAGUAUACCUUGAUCGCCCGCGCUAAUCGCCUCUCGCCUGGGCCCUCGCCCGGUCAUUCCGUAGUACAUACUUUGUCUUGGUACUUACUACAACCCAUCGUGGCGCGCACACAGCCUACCCCCG